CACCAUUAUUUCAUAACCUGCUGUUUUUCUAAAUUUUAUUAAUUAAAGAUUCUCUUUUAAAUUAUUUAAAAUGCGGCUUACAAAUCGGUUAUGCGCUCAACACAUAGGGUGGCACUUUAAGAAGCAUUGGCUGGUUCAGGGCAAGCGUGUGCCCCGCGAAACUGGCGCUGCCGCUGAGUUGCUAAGGCUAGCGGUCCCUGUUAGGACACCUGAUGACUUAUUGAAACCGAAAGUAGAGAGACGUAUGCUCGAUUUCAUUGGAACAGGACAAAGACCGAUUGCCGAGGCGAAUGCGUAUUCAAAUUCGGGUUCUGCUGCUUGCCAUUCCUAUGAUGACAACAGUCUGCUAAUUGGUGGAUUAGCCCAAGCCCAAGUAUUGACAAAUACAAUAGAGGUUAAAACGUACCCUCCUAAAAUCGAAGAGGCUAUUGCCAACCAGAAGUUGCCAAACGGUAUUGAUAGAAAUAUUCGAAACGCUAUAUUGUCUGCACACGUGCUUGACGCUGAACAAGUGAAGUUGCCCAAGAUUAAGUUAAUUGAAAGACCUGCCUUUAACUUGCCUCGCAGCUAUGGAAUCUCCCACGAGAGAAUCAACCGUCUGCUGGUAAACAAAAUAUUAUAUGAAAUUGAAAAAUUGGCUGGACAUUCGCUCACAGUACGCCGUAAGCUGCUCGAUAAUGCUUCAUUUAGAACGUCGUUGUGUAAAGACAGUGAUCAGAUCGGAUUUGCGAUCAACGCAAAUAAAUUAGUUUGCUCCAAUCGUGCGAUUGAUGAAGUUAAAUUGAAGUUUAACGGGAUUUUGCCUGAUCUGUACCCAAUGAAAUGUACAAUUUCAAUACCAAAAAAGCAUGUUGUUGAUAGUGGCAACUUCUAUCCGUUUCGGACAGAAGCUACCUGCUCUCAUCCACACACCGUUUUUUCUUUCUUUGACACAAAUUUGGUAAACACUCAUGGAUCCGAGGUCACAACUUCUCAAUUUCACGCGCGAACAAUGUUAAAAGCGUUUGUUGUUGCUGUGGCACGUGCCAAGCAUUUGCAUGGCCCCUCCGCAGAUGGAGAUCUUCUGAAACCAAUUGUGGUACAAAGUGUUCAGACCGACGGCAGGACUUUUCAUUUUGGCGUUUUCCAGCUGAAUACUCUUAACAUUAGUUCUCAGAACACAUUAAAGAAUUAUUGGUUUCAUAGGGAGAGUUACGAACUAUUUUCAAAGUGUGGCCAAGAAGCUGGUAGGCCGCAUUUAGAAAAUUACAAUGGCGACAUCUUCCGCAUACUUAAUGCAUUUUAUUGUAGCUCCUGAAAAUAUACAAAAUAAAGUUUUAAACA